CCCUACAUUUCUCAAGGAGAAGUAAUUGCCAGGAGUCUGGACCUGAUCGAAGACUCCCAAAGUUGGAUUUUUGCAGCCGUUCCUGACUUGUUUUCUGGGCCUUUUUGGCUGUGCAGGAGGAGAGGCAGCGAGGGAAGGAUCGGAACGAGAAUGAGGUGGAGUCAACGAGUAGCGCCAAUGAGGACAUGCCUGUGGAGAAGAUCCUGGAAGCCGAACUGGCAGUAGAACCAAAGACAGAAACAUAUAUCGAGGCGAACAUGGGAUUAAACCCCAAUUCGCCUGCUUCUCUUGGUUUGCAGCCCAAUGACCCUGUCACCAACAUAUGUCAAGCAGCAGACAAACAGCUCUUCACCUUGGUGGAAUGGGCCAAGAGGAUUCCCCAUUUCUCAGAACUGCCCUUGGAUGACCAGGUUAUUCUGUUAAGAGCAGGCUGGAAUGAGCUGCUCAUCGCCUCCUUCUCUCACCGCUCAAUAGCAGUGAAAGAUGGCAUCCUCCUCGCCACAGGCCUGCACGUCCAUCGGAACAGUGCCCACAGCGCGGGAGUCGGCGCCAUCUUCGACAGAGUCCUGACAGAACUCGUGUCCAAAAUGCGAGACAUGCAGAUGGACAAGACGGAGUUGGGCUGCUUGCGAGCCAUCGUCCUCUUCAACCCUGACUCAAAGGGCCUCUCCAACCCUGCCGAGGUUGAGGCUCUGCGGGAGAAAGUUUACGCAUCCCUCGAGGCUUACUGCAAACACAAGUAUCCCGACCAGCCAGGAAGGUUUGCAAAGCUCUUGCUCCGUCUCCCUGCCCUCCGGUCCAUCGGCCUGAAAUGCCUCGAGCACCUCUUCUUCUUCAAACUAAUAGGCGACACGCCCAUUGACACCUUUCUGAUGGAGAUGCUGGAAGCGCCACACCAAAUGACUUAGAAAACCCCCUUAAGGCCGGGUCAGUCCUUCCACCCGCCGGGAGCAGCAGUUGGGACAAGCCGAGAUCUAAUCCACCUCCCGCUUACCUCCCCCCACCUCCCCAUUGAUGCCAGAGACCACGUUUGCUCUUCUCUCUCCAACCCAGACGGCAACCAUGGCCUUUCUUGUCCCGGGUGCCGAAUUUGACUUUUCUGGCUCACUUGGUCAUCGCUCCAUCAAAGAAAUCGAUGGUUCUUAUUGAAUGUUUUUAUUGAUUUUCUUGAGAUGUUGGGCAUUGGGUUUAAAGAAGUAAAACGAGAGAAAACUGGUCCAGUAGCCUACCAAGCCAGCUUCCCUCUUCAUCCAUUGCCCUUUCUCGGCUGGGUUUUUUUCUCAUUUGAGUUUAAAGAGUGAUCUGAAAUUGGUGUUGGAUGGCGUAGGGUGGGAGACUGAAUAGAGAGCGGGGAAAAGUGGGGUCUGUGGGGUUCACCUUCUCUCUGGCCUCCACUCGUGGAGGAUAGAGGGUUCUUUGGUUGGUUUGUUUUGGAAAUCACUCACUUUUUGUUUUUAAAUUGUCAAGUAUUGAUUUCUUCAAAAAGAAGAAACAUUCUCUCAGUAUUGGUGGUUUGGCGGUUCCCGUCACCAGCCUGUUUGUUUAGGCGCCCAGUGCCCCCUCAGUAAAGGAAAAGGGAGAGAAAGGGCUGGGGAACAGGCAUCAGGGGGUUACCCGUCAUCUUGAUUUUCCGAAUGACCCCCUCUAGCAUAGCAGCUGGUCAUGCCAAGCCUACCACCUCCCCUCCUUCUUUUAGGUCGGGGCUGGUUCAGCUGUUGCCACUGAACACCCCACUCACCUCCACCCAGAGCAGUAGGGUGAGCCAUUUUUCCAAAGACAAUUCUCUCAGUAAUGGAGCCAAUCUAAACUGGAGUCAACUUCAAUGCACAGGUUUUUAGAGGUUGCUUUAAAGCUGCAGUGGUUCAAACCUCUCCUGAUACCGAACAUACCCCUUCUGUCCUCCUACCCGGCUGCCUGUCGAACCGUUCAAGUCCUUUCCUAAAUCCGCGUUUUGGCCUUUGCUCGUUGUUCCGAUGCCCAGACUUCUUCUCUUCUAAGGGGGUUGUUGUUUUGUCAUUAGGGAAAGUCUCUGGAUAUUUCAGGGACUAGCCACUGAGAAAUAAGGACCCUGAUCACUGUGUUUGGUUCUCCCUCGAUCAGAGUUGCUCAUCUGCUUAGCUCUUCACCAGCCUCUUGGAAGGAAGCUGGAGGCUCAGGAUCCUGAGGGGCAAGGCCAGACUCCUCCCAACCAGUUGACCAGGAAAAUUUCCUUAAUGCCAGGCCCAUGGGGAGCACUUUGUAAGGUGAGGCUUCUGGGUAUUGGUGACCACCUGUGUGUCAUUCCAGAGGAGACAGGGUUGGGAACAGACAUCCCUUGCGGAAAAGUGGAACGAGAAUAGUUUCUAUCAUAGACCGGAUGCCCAAGUGCCUUCUGGGGGAUAUCAAAUCCUGUUAUUGGAUAACUAGAGAGCACUUAGGGCCCAUGUCAGUUGUGUGCUUCCAUGGAGGACCUUGAUCUAGUUCUUAUUAUUCACACAGAUUCAGAGCAUCAAACUAAAACAAGGAGUUGGAUGGUCUUCAGAAUCAUGGGUCAUAUCACCCUUAGGGAGGGUGAGAUGUGGGAUCCCCAGAAAAGAGAUCUAGAGAGAACAUUGCAAAUAAAGAAGUAGUGGAAACAGUUGUCUGGAAGGUCUUGUCCAAUACUUUGCAACUAGUUCUGACAGACCAACUGACAGAUGGACACAUGGGGUGACUACCCCUAGCCAGGCUUGAUCUAAAUAUGUACCAGCCAGACCAGAAAAUUUGGGACCCAAGGACCACGUUGGUGUGUGCCAUCCGAGCUCUAUCCUAGAUAUGCUGUUGUGGAGGUGACCGGCAGGUUCUCUGGGAAACAGACCCGCCAGACCAGGGAGAGUGGAGAUUUGAUCCAGUAAAGUCGUUAGUUUGCUUUUCUCAGAGAGCUCCCUGACAGGGCUAACUCUGGGCCGGUAUGCUCCCUGUAUGUUGGUAAUGGAGAGCACGUCCCUGCCUCGGCUCACUUCCCAGGCCUAAGAAUGUCCUUCGGGGCCUCCCCCAUUUUGAAUAACUGCCUUGCUACUCUUUGGAAGACUUCCACAGGCAAAUGACACUUUUUCCCUCAGCAUUCAGCUCUAUUUACCUUCGCGUUUCAGACGUGUGCUGCUCCCUUUGCCAGGUUAAGCCAGUGGGAGUGUCUUUCCAUGCUUCCCGACACUCACUUUGCUUUAUUUGGCCCCAUUUCUGCAGUCUUCAGCACUCUCAUCCUUGUUCUCCACCUCCUUCUCUUCCUCUUCUGCUUCCUCCUCCCCAUCCUCCUCAUACGUUUCCGGUGCACAUUUUCCAAUGGAAGCCCCUGGGGACAUGAAGAAGUUCUGGGAAGGAACAUUUUCCCCACUCAUGACCCAGGCUGCUCCCUCUGCAGAAGGCAAAUCAUGGGAGUGGGAAUGAGGGGAAGGAGAAGAGAGCAAGGAGCAACUGAGAAUAUAGGAGGACAAAGGAAGUGUCCAUGAUUAGUCUGGAAGACUCCACCUGCAAAAGCCAAGAAUGACAUCCCUCUGUCAGUCACCCCCCUGCCCACGCUGGGAGAGUAAUGGCAGGUUAUAAAAUUUCUGCAAAUAGUUCUUUCUCUGUCCUCCGAAAGCCCGGACCGUUAGCUGCAGCCGGCCCUUUAAGUACCUGCUUUGUAAUGAAUGCAGCCAUUUGAGGUGAGGAGAUGUGGGACUCUGGUUUGAGCCAGGCUCUCUUCUCCUCUAGAUUGUCAGCUCUUUGUGGGCAGGGAACAAGUCUACCAACUUUGCUAUAUUGUACUCACCCAAGCACUUAGUAUAGUGCUGUGUUCUGCCCACAGUAAUUGCACAGUAAUUGAUCGCUCUGGUCGGCUCCAGGAAAGGAGCCCCAGCUGUUAGUGCCGCUACUCACCCCACGCCUCUUCCAAUCGCUUAUUUCAACGGGGACCGUCUCUAGGCCAAAAAUACCUGGAGGACUUUUGAUUCAUUUCUGCCCCUCAGUCUAACCUGGGCCUUACAGGGACCGGGAAUGUGUCUACCGGCUCUGUUGUAUUGUACUCCCCCAAACGCUUAGUACAGUUCCCUGCACACUCUAAGUGCUCCAUGAGUACAGUUGAUGGUAAUGAUGAUGAAAGAAGCCAGGGACUAGCUGGCGGCUAGCGGGAGGCAGAAAAAUAGGUAAGGGCCAUUUUGGAGUCUCUGUUGCAUCUUUAAUUGUUUUAUCUGCCCCUUAGGGAAGUGGAUUAUUGAUCCAAUGCACUCAGUUCUUCCAGAGCACGUAUUUUCAAUUUGUCUCUGAUCUAGAAUGUUAUGAGGGAAUUAGAGAAGUUUCUUCCAUCAGUGUUAAGUGUGGAUACAGCGUGACGUGAUGUUGGAAGGAGUGGCUGUGUGGAUGUGCGUGUGGUAUGGUGAAUACUAGAGUGUGAGUUUUUCUGAACGAGGAGCGGCUUUCCAAAAACGCAAUCAAUGCAUUGUAAGGGAGCUGGAUGUACACCACGACAGCAUACCGUCUUCAAAAAAAAGGUCAAACUAGGAAACGAUUUCAGUCUUGGCCCUGGAUCAGCUCUUAUCAGAAAUAACGUAUCCUUAUUCCCAUGCCUAAGCACUGCUGGCCACAGUCAUCUAUUGCUAGGAUGGGGCAGUUUGGGUGAGGUGGAGGAACAUAUAACGAAUAGCAAGAGGGCAAAAUUUCAAUCCUUCCCUAUGGGUUUCAUCUUUCCUGAUCCAUUGUGGGACGUGAGGUUCUGGAACUGCUUGAUGCUACUGUUUGUCUGGUUGGGAUUAGAUGGAUCGCAGACCCUACGAAGACCCAUACUCUUGGGGACUUUCUGUGUUUGGAUCGGUUAUCUUGUGUCGAGUCCUAAAGGAAGGGAAAAAUGAACUUCUCGCUUUGGCCUUCCCAGUCAUUCCAGUGAGGAGCAACCCGAAAAUCACAUACCACUGCAGCCUUAAAGUCACCCCACCCCAAUCCCUCACCUUUUGCAUGAGAACAUCUUAGGUUUUAUUUGACUCAAGCAUUUGUAUUUUUUUUUCCACUCUGGCUUUUUUCCCCCUCUUUUCAUUAUCAUUAUUAUUAUUGUUAUUAUUAUAAACAUAAUACCGCUUGUUGAAGAGGUGAUAUGUGGGUAACAAAGGCACAUUAUUCAAUAGAGAGAUAGGACUUUUAUUUAACCAGACAUUUAGUAUCUUCACAAAAAUCUGGUUCAAUUAAGGAGAUUUUUCUUCAUAAUUAUUAUUAUUAUUAUUUGGUGGGACAAUCUUUAAUUUUCUAAAGAUAGCACACACAUCAGCUCGUUAGCCAACCUUUGCUCUCCCAUUCCCGCUGCUUUUCCACUGGACUCUGGAGAGGUUGGUUCUGAAAUGGAGCUCAAGGGAUAUAUGUUAGGAAUCCUGAGAAAGUCAGCUCCCUCAUUGGUUUAUAGCAAUGUGUCUCCCUCUCUAGACUCCAAGCUCCCAAGCCCUUAGUACAUUGCUCUGCAUAAAGUAAGUGCUAAGUAAAUGUGAUUGAUUAAUUGAUUGAUUGAUUGAUUGAUUGGCCUUCACCCCUGGUUGAGGCCCAUAUCCACAGCAGCGGAGCCGGGGGAAGAGAAAGGUUUGAAGUAGGGCAGAUCCUGUUACUAAUCAUGAAAAAAACUAGAGACCGCUCAAAAUCUUCCCAAGCACGCUCUCCCCCAACUCUGUGUGUGUCUGUCUCCACUUUUGUGGUUUGUCAUGCUGGCAACUACCCAGCAUGUGAAGGGAAAAGUCCCGUUGGUCCAGAUGGGUCAGAGGAGCCAUGGAAUGCCCAGGCUGUCCCAGCUUGCAAAGCAUCAUUUCCCCAAAUCCAUCUUGCUUUGGAAGCUGAUUGACCCAUGAGGAGCUUCUCGAGGCUGGCAACACGGUGAAUGAGUUCAUCUUUCACCUGGGACUUGUGGUCUCAGAGAUCUGCAAACCACCGGCCUUUCACCUCCCUUCUGAAUUGAGGGAAUCCUGGAGCAUUCCUUGCUUGGGGAGGUUGUGGAUGUUGGGGGGACGGGGCUCUUCCUGGAAGACUCUUGGGGUCAACCAGUACAGCGCUUAGUUCAGUGCUCUGCACACAGUAGGAGCUCAAUAAAUACCAUUUAUGAUGAUGGGAUUCCAUGGGAACCACCACCAGUGUGGGAAUUUCCUCUCAUUUCCCUCAGGGGACCCCAUUUCCUUGGUCCCCCAAUCCUUUCAGUCCACACAGGCAAGGGAGUUCUGGGCAAAACCAUCCACCCAGGGAGGGGCGUGGUUGUCCCUGAGCCCCUGCGGAAAGCGUGUUUGAAAUCUGCAAAGCAUUGGAUAAUCAGCUGAUGUUGUCCCCAUCAGUGAAUAGGGUGCAUGAUCUAUUUUAAGUUGAUACAUAUGUGCGUGCGUAUACAUGUAUGUACUGUAGAUAUAUACACUGUAUAUAUAUCCCCACUCACAUAUACAUAUAUUAUACCCAUAGCAAUUACAAAUGUUUUGUGUUUAUUUUUAAUCAAUUCUUUUUCUGUUUUCUUGAAAAUUUGCUUCAUGCAAGCAAGUACAUAAGGACCCCUCAUUUGGUAAAAUCCGGGUUCAGGUGAAUAUCUCAAGACAAGGAGAUGCAUCUAUUUUAAGAUGCUUUGGAGCAACAGGUGGUGUGAUAAUAGCUUUAGCAAUUCCCAAUCUUUAGCAAUGCCUUAGCUGUGACGAGAUUCAUAGCUAAUAAUUUAGAAAGAAUGACAAGUAAAUAAAAAAGAGUAAAGAUAAGAAAAAUGUCUAAAGCAUCAGUAAAGGUAAAAAAAAAUCUAUUUUUGUACAAAUGUAAUUUUAUCCCUCAUGUAUUCUUGGAGGAUAUGUUGGGUUUUUUGUUGUUGUUUUGUUUCUGCUUCUAGAGAUUGUUGUAUACACUUUCUCUGUAAAUGUUCGAACUCGGCAAUGGAGACGUGAAAGAGGGGGAGUCUUUUAAACGUGUUUAAAGGCUUUAUAUUAAAUCUCUUUAAAAAUCUGGGGUUUUUUCAGAAUGGAACUUCAAGGGUUUUCUUCCCCCUUUGAAAUUUUUUUAGUCCUGUUCUGUUUUCGUUGCGUAACCUGGCGUUCUCGCAGCUCUGUUUUACUGUGAAAUCACUUCCGUAUAUUAUUGUUCACUAAAGAAUUGCUGCUGCAAACGCCAGGGUUUUGAUGAACAAUGGUAUUAGAAUUGAAGAAAAAGAGAUAAAAAUGGAAAAAAAAAAGAAAAUAUAAGAGCAUUUUAAACUAUAAUACAGUUCGAGCUCUCUUUUUGUUCUGUAUGAGUGUACAUCGUUUUAAGGUUGGAAACGGGCUCUCCACGAGUCACAAGGUCAGAGCUUUGAGAAUGUGUCACCUGGACCUGAGUGAGCCGGUGGGCAAACACCACCUUGUGCCCUGCUGGAUUCAAAGCAGGGCAGAGGGUCCCCUCUCUCCGGAUCUCCCCUGAAUUACUUGGGAGAGGGUCCAUCUCUGGGCUCUUUCAGCGGGGAGCUCCGAAGCUGAGGGGUCUGCUGUUGCGAUCAGAUGCCACUGGGUUUCCCAAUGCUGCUGAUCCACACUGGGGUUCCGAUGAAGGGCGAGAGCAGCCGAAGCCCAGCUCCUUGUGGGCAGGGAGACAUGUCUACCAACUCUAUUGUACUCUCCCAAGCGCUUAGUACAGUGCUCUGCACACAGUAAGCGCUCAAUGAACACCACUGUGCUGCUGGGAACAUGAAGUGGAUCAAGUUCCCCGUGUGGGGGAAGAUGAGCCGGGAAACGGUCCAGCUCCCUGCCGCCAUGGCCCAAGCCCCAUUUGGCUUUCUGGCUACCAGACCAGAGAGGACCCCGUGACAGUCUAGCCCCAGCCAUUCCAGAGGGUACUUUCUAGACACCAAAAGGGCAUCCUGGGUCUCUUUCCCCAUCCUUUUCCUUCUUCCUGUUUUUCGCUUCCUCCUUCUCUUUCCCAGACAGCUCGGCCCUGAAGGAUUUCAGGCUGAGGCCCUGCCCUGCAUCUGGGCUGAAUGUUCCCCGGGACGAGAGCAGCCUGUGGUGUCCAGAUGCCAGCCGGAGAGGCGUGUUACUGGAAGACCCUCUCCGGUUGGUGUUUUGCUGCAUGCCCUGGCCAGAGGCGACUCUUUAACCUGAUGAUUCAGUGCCUACCAGCCCUCGUUGGCUUCACGGUGGAACCUCAAAAUAAAUGAUGUAAUAUAACUGCUUGAUUAAUAGCAGGUUAAUAAUACCCACCAUCUGGCUUCAUCUCCUGGGAUAAAUGCUCUUUGUCUCCAAACAGUCUGAGGGCCAGGGCUGCCCUGAGAUCCCAAGGCACCUCUGCUCCUCCGUGGGAGAGGGAACAGCAAGAUGAAGGCACUUGAAGCCCUGCUGUUCAAGGGCCCUCACGGCCUCCGGCCUCCGGGGUUCAGCUUUGAGCACUCUUAGCAGGAGCUCUGUCGGUUGCGGAGCCGGUCGUGUCUUCAGCUAAAGGAUGUUGUCUGGUAACAUCACCCCUUUGUCCCCUAACGUGCCCUGUUUGGGAACGGAAGCCGUUAGCAAGAGUCUCAAAUUCGGACUCCGUGUCUUUUAUGGAACAACAAGAUUGUACUUGCCGUUGGUCCCGAAGCAGAGAGCAAUUUUCACAGCUUUCCACAGACCGGGUCUAAUGGUAAGGGAGAAACAGUACAAGACUCCGGGCGUAAUUUGACUGGGAAGAGCCAUCCCAGCCUCUGGCUUUGGUCACACCAUUCAAUUAAUAUGCAAAAAUGGGGAGAAGGGAAUCCUUUUGACCUUAAAUAAAGGAGCUCGGUCCAUCUCUCUCCAGGAUUCCACGGGAAACGAAUAACAACGGAGUAAGGAAAUGAAGAGGGUUGAGGGCCAAAGGCUGUAUUGAAAGCUGAGAUGGAGAUGAGAGUGAGCAAUUUGAAGAGGAUCUUUGGUAACCACAGGAGAACAGACUCCAGCCCCAAAUUCUGAGGCUGAUGACUGGCUCUUGGGAAAGAGGCUUCAAGGAGCAGAAAGUUUUUCCUAUGCUCCAUCCAGAGUUCAAGGUUGGAGCGUGACAUCGAGUUCCAGGGCUUAGUUUCUCCUUUGUGGUGGGUUUUACCUCCAGUUCACAUCGGUGAUGGAAAGGUGUUCCCUUUGGUUAUGUAUCUAUAUAGCGAUAUAUGGUUAUAUAAACAAGCAAACCCCCAAACUCUGCCCAUUCAAAUUGGCUUUUAUUUUUAUCUUUCCUUCCUCCUUCCCUCUUUCUCCGUCUCACUGGGGCAAACAUCGCUUUGGUACUGAGGAGAUACAAGGGACCUCCUACUGAUAGUGAUGUGUUUUUUUCACAGGCCUCCAGGCUUGCCAUCAGCCUGCGAGGCAAAAAGGGGCCCAGGAAGACAGAGAAACCCUUUGGGUGUUUUUCUUGCUUCUGCAGGGAUCAAAGCGCCUAUGUUGAACUUCUCUUGAACUUGUUGGUAUCAACCUAUUAUUGUUUAAUGUAAUAAAAUCUGUUACGUAUAA